GGCAUGCGCACACAAUACCGGUCUUUACUGCCACGUUUACCCACUGACAGAAGACGUAUUGAAGGAUCUCUCCCCAAAAACUGGGUUGACUUUUCAUCAUGUUUGUUAAAAUUUUAUCUUUGUGUUUAUUAAGUUCCUUAGCAUUAGCAGGAGACAUAAAAGAAGAAGAAGGAGUACUUGUACUAACGACAGAAAACUUUGACCAGGCCAUCAAAGAUUAUGAAUACAUUCUCGUAGAAUUCUAUGCACCUUGGUGUGGUCACUGCAAAGCUUUGGCACCAGAAUAUGCUAAGGCAGCUACAGCGUUGAAGGAAUCCGAGUCAAACGUCAAACUUGGCAAAGUUGAUGCCACUCAGGAAAGUGGCUUGGCCGAGAAAUUUAGUGUUCGAGGAUAUCCCACACUGAAGUUUUUCGUCGGUGGUGAACCCAGUGAAUACAAUGGUGGCAGACAGUCCCCUGAAAUUGUUAACUGGUUGAAGAAGAAGACUGGCCCGCCAUGCACAACCCUUGAUGAUGUUGAUGCUGCAAAGAAAUUUGCUGAAUCUGAUGAAGUGGUUGUCAUUGGAUUCUUCAAGGAUCUAGAAUCUGAUGAUGCCAAGAACUAUGAAAAAGCAGCAAAGACCAUUGAUGAUGUUCCUCUCGGAAUUACAUCUAAUGCUGAUGUCUUCGCAGAGUACAAAGUGGAAAAAGACGGAGUUGUCUUAUUCAAGAAGUUUGAUGAAGGACGUAAUGACCUUGAAGGAGAAGUUACUGUUGAGGCAGUCAAAUCAUUUGUUGCUGGAAACAAACUCCCAUUGGUUGUAGAAUUUACACAGGAGAGUGCACAGAAAAUAUUUGGAGGAGAAAUCAAGAACCACAUUCUUCUGUUCAUCAAAAAAUCUGCAGAUAAUUUUGAAAGCACUAUUGAAGGAUUCAAAGCUGCUGCAAAGGGAUUCAAGGGACAGGUUCUUUUCAUCUUCCUUGAUAUUGGAGAUCAAGAAAACAGCAGAAUCCUCGAAUUCUUUGGGCUGAAGGAAGAAGAAUGUCCAUCUGUUCGUCUGAUCAACCUUGGAGAGGACAUGAGCAAAUUUAAGCCAGAAACUGAUGAUCUUGGUACAGAAGCUGUCACUAAAUUUGUACAGGCAUUUUUGGAUGGUACUCUGAAACCCCAUCUUAUGUCUGAGGAUGUUCCCAAAGACUGGGACGCAGAAGAAGUUAAAGUCCUUGUAGGAAAGAAUUUUGAUGAAGUAGCCCGUGACAAAUCCAAGGAUGUAUUUGUUGAGUUUUAUGCUCCUUGGUGUGGACAUUGCAAGCAGCUUGUUCCCAUUUGGAAUGAACUUGGAGAAAAAUUCAAGGAAAAUGCUGAUGUCGUUAUUGCCAAAAUGGAUUCCACAGCCAAUGAGAUUUCUGAUGUGAAAGUCCAGAGCUUCCCUACUCUCAAAUUCUUCCCAAAAAAUAGUGAGGAGAUUAUCGACUACAAUGGUGAGAGAACAUUAGAAGCCCUGUCCAAAUUUCUGGAGAGUGGUGGAAAAGAAGGUAAUGGUGAUCUUGAUGAGGAGGAGGAUGAUGAGGAAGAAGAGGAAGAGGAGGAAGAGGAUGAUGAGGCUCCCAGAGACGAGUUGUAAAUCACCUUUAAGCAUUACUGUCUUCUUUAAAAUGUCUUGUUUUAUUUCGUCAUUGAUAUCCAGGUACCUUUAAAAUGUGAUUAUUGUGGGAGGCAGCUGGGUUGAAAAUUUUUUACUUGGCCUCAAUAUUGCUGAUUAUGAGUAUAUCGUCAGGGUGGGGGAACGGGAUAUUCUAUAGGGAGGAUGUUACUUAAUAUUUUAUUUGAAGAUUUGUUUUUUCUGGGUUUUUUUUUCUUUUUUAAAAUGAAGGUGAAAAGAUUUACCUUCAGGAAGGGGAGAGAUCACUCCAAUACUCUUCAAUUUUAAAUGAAUUGAUGUCUUCUUCACCUUCAUUAUUUGAAGUUGUAAAGAGGAUACGAUUGAAUGUGUGUGAACGUGGAUAUGCAUGUGUCUUGGAAAGAAAGUGAAAUGUGUACAUUAUCAGAUUAUCAAAAUUCCAUAAGAGUGAUGAAUACUAGUUUUGAAUUGAUUGUUUGUGAUGAUCUGUUAGUGUGUGGUGGUGCAAACUUACAAAUAUGUGCUUUAACAUUAAACAAAAUGUGAGAUGUAUGUGACAAAAAAAGUAAACCAUAAACCUCAAGAUAACUAUUAGAAAUAUUUAUGGAUUUGACAAGGUGAAGUUUUCCUGCUUUGUUGAAUGUACUAAAAGUUGCCAUACAGUUUUUUUUAUUAACAAGUUUAGUCAACCGAGAAUACAUAAAAUAAAAGAUACAUCUUAAC